AUGGUCUACUGCGGCAAGCCCUCCAAGGGCUGCUCCAACUGCCGAGAGCGCAAGAUCCGAUGCGAUCAGAAAGACCCUGGCUGCGGCCAAUGCACCAAGCGCCAGAUAGAAUGCCCGGGCUAUCGCAACAUCGUCGAUCUCAUGUUUCGAGAUGAGAGCAACCAUGUGAUUAAAAAGGCAACCACUGCGAAGCCGCGCAUCAAGAAGCUGAAACAUGGCGUCCGGGCCGCUCCGAAGCUAGACGCAGCGCCUCUGCCUCUAAACCCGCCACCACCAUCUCCAUCAGCGGGCGUCCUGGUCCUGCGCGACAGCCCGCGGCCUGACGACGAUGACGACGACGACGGCGAUGACAGCUUCGACUUUGAUGAUGAAACUGACACGCUGGUACAUAUCCCUUAUGCGCCGUCCCAUUCCCUGCAGGAGCGCGGCACUGCCUUCUUCUUCUCGCGCUAUGUUGCCACGGACCAUGGCUGCUAUCAAAACUACGACUUCAUCUACGACAUCUGGAAGCCGCCCAGCAUGAGCCGCGCAGGGGGGCUGGGCGUGCCUCCGCUCAAGAGGGCAGAUGCUCUCAUCUCUGCCGGCAUGACGGCUGUCGGUCUGGUCGGCCUCUCUAAAAUCACCGGUGAUCGUGAGACCAUGAUGCGUGCCCAACAGAGCUAUGGCACUGCUCUGCAGCUGGCCAACGCCGCUCUCCGAAACCCGGGUGAGGCUGUCGAGGACAGCACCAUGCUAGGCGUCCUCAUUCUCGGUACAUACGAGUUCAUCUCCGGACGCACGCCGCAGACGUUACACGCUUGGCAAGAGCACAUCAACGGCGCUGCCACGCUCGCCACCAUGAGAGGUCAGGCACAGUUUCGGUCAAAAGCUGGCGUCAGAAUGUUUCUCAUGCUAUGCCACUCUGUCCUCAUCAGCUGCAUCCAGAGCGGCUUGCCCAUGCCCAAAUCCAUUGUGGACUUGCGAAACGAGCUGCGGCAUGUGGCGGACAGCAGGCGGCCGGCAUGGCGUGUUAUUGAUCCCUUGUACAGGGCCCUUCAGAUACGACACGACAUCAAGCACAGGCGGAUUACCGGCGUGGAUGAAAUUGUCGGCAGUCUUGUCGAGAUCGAAGAGGAGUUUGAAACACUCAUCAACGGACUGCCACCGUCUUGGCGCUAUCAGAAUGUCAAGCUGACCAGAUCCAACCCGGCCAUCAUGGGUCGUACUGUCGAGGAUCCCACGACUCUUCCGAUGCACCACCAGAUGCUGUUGGUCAAGGCCAUGAGAAUGCUGCGCAUGCUCGGCGAGGCCGUCGUUGGGAGCGUGCCCCAGCACUUUGGCAUCGUGAGCUCCCGAGACGUCAAGUACAGCAAGACCAAGGAGACUCAUCCUACCGUCACUGCCCAGAACCAAUCGUCGACUAUUCUAGCGACACCGUCACUCUUGCCACCGGCUUCUGAUCGGGACGAGAGCAAAUCUCCUGUUCCUGCCUGGCCACGGGAGAGCGUAGCAACACGUCCGACGCUGCUCGAUCCAACCCAGUCCGAGCUGGACAAUGGUCGAGGCUGCGACUCGGAGAGGUUCCUGACACUGGCCACGGCAAGCAACACCAUCAUCUGGCCGCUCUAUACGUUGGGCCUGUCGUCAUCCUGCACGCACGAGACGAGUGCCUACAUUGUCGAUAGACUCAUGUCCAUCUAUCGCGAGACGGGCUUGGAACAGGCCCGAGUUGUCGCGGGCAUGAUGCAAAACAAGGUUGAGUCGUUGACUUGGGCCAGCAUUCCGACAACCCGUCUGCCGUCAUUACCGGAUGACGCAUUGCCGCUGGUUGUGUAG